GACUCAAUGCACUUAUCACAGCACUUGGAGUCAACGGAAGCAGCGCAAAUGUUCCGAGUAGGCUUUGGCCAGGAGGCGAGUAACGUAUAAGCGGGACAGUCAUGCCACACAGCAAGCGGUACGUUCUGUUACUGACCAAUUUUCUAUGCGUUUACAUGGUCAUAUCAUGCGGGUCAGGGCCAAGAUACGGUACGCGACCCAACCAGCGAAAUUUGCGCCCCUUGCUGAGGCAGCAGUAUGUGCCACAUGUGUCCGAAGGCACAAUCGGGGCCAGUGGGCCAAGCGAAGGAAGAAUUUAUAGAAAUACACCCAGAUAUCGGAAGUUGGAGAGAAAUUACAACACGGACAUAGAAUUUGAAGACCGAGAACGGGAUGGAAGCGACAGAACGAUGACAAAGAGAUGCAAAGACAAAGUCAAUCUCUUGUCAAUGUUGGUGAAGAACACAUGGGCCGGUGUGAGCCUUAAAGUUAUCGAAGCUUGGGAUGGGGACGGGGUACACCGGAAAGGAUCCCUUCACUAUGAAGGGAGAGCCGUAGACAUCAAAACCAGUGACAAUGACUUGUCGAAAAACGGUUUAUUGGCGAGGCUUGCCGUGGAGUCGGGAUUCGACUGGGUCUAUUAUGAGUCCAAGUUUUACGUCCACGCAAGCGUGCGUGCCGAUAACUCAGAUGCAGCGAAGUACGGAGGAUGCUUCGACGGCGUAAGCGAAGUUAGAAACGAAAGCGGGUCCGUCAUCCCAAUGAACAAAGUAAACGUAGGGGAUCGGAUAUUAGCUGUGGACCGUACUACAGGAAAACCCGUAUUUUCCGAAGUCAUUAUGUUUCUGGACAAACAGCCUGAAAUCGGAGGCUCAUACAUCGAAAUUCGAUCUCAGCUUGAAACUAUACGACUCACAGCAAAUCAUAUGCUGUUCAUAGCGACGCAGACGAACUGCUCAAACUCAUUUUCCGCGACCAAAAGAGCGGUUUUCGCCGGAGACAUUUUUUCAGGCCAAUACGUUUAUACAACCAUCCAAGCCCGUGGUUUUGAAAUUCAACCUUCACGCGUGGAAUCGGUUACUACGGUAACUGGGGACGGUCUAUAUGCCCCGCUUACCGCACACGGCACUGUAGUCGUGGACGGUAUAGUUGCGUCUUGCUAUGGAGUUAUAGGGUCAGAGACGUUAGCGCAUGCCGCUAUGCUUCCAAUACGUUCUUUUCCUUAUUUAAGGCGAACCAACAGCGACGUUGGAAUUCAUUGGUACGCGAAAUCACUGGCUGAAAUAGCUCGUAUUGUUUUACCGCACCAUUGGUUUAAGUUACACUGAAGUUUUUACAUUGGUUCCACAUUGCCGCUUACAUUCUUAUGUGUUACUGCUGUUACAGAGAAAACGGGACUCCAAAGUUUUUUUUUGCUGUAAGCAGUCUACCGCUGCGCUGCAACUUUCGACGUUUCAAGAAAAGCAGAACAAAACAGUUAUCGAAUCUUACUUGCAUAUAUAUGAAGCUACAUAUUAAUGAGGAUAUGUCAGAGCUGAUGUCCUAUCUACUUUUAACUAUAUACUGUUCUGUUUCGACAAAUGUAUUACUAUAUACCGCUUGUUAUUUACUCUUCGACAUUUAGCACCGAGCCUGUACUGGUGUAAAUCGUAAAUAUUUUUUAAUGUGCUGAAACGAUGCUA